AUAUGACCUUGAUUAUUAGGCGGCGUUUCGAAUGGGUGGUGUCUAUUUCUAAAACACUGCUAGAUUCUGGCGCCCAUGUUUAGAUAAGUGCAAGGAUUAUCGGGCUACACAGUUAUUGAUGGAGCCUUUUGUAGUUACUGCUUUUGGCAUCGAACAGUACUUUCAUUUGUCACAUUCUCAAGUCAAAGCUAUUCGACAAGCAUUUUACAAUGCCGCUGCUUUUAUUAUUCUUUCUUGCAUUUGCGUUGCCAUUCUGGCAGUUUAUUAUACACUUCAGAUUUUUGUCAGACCUCUUUUAUGGGCUGUUUUGUGUGGAACAGUGUUGUAUCCAUUUAAAAGUUCGUUGACCGACGUUAUUCGCGGAUGGGUUAGACGUGUUGAUGCAGAAGAUCAGUUGCUUUUAGUGGAAACUUUUGUUGUACCUUUCCGAGUUUCCAAUGCUCUUUAUUCUGUAUUUAUCAAAAAAAUGUCUGACCACUGGAGUUUACUUAGGACCUCUUUGUUUCUUCUCCUUGCUCUCAACAUUUCUUCUUACUUUGAUUUCUUCUGGCUCCCUGGGUUGUUUGUUAACUCCUCUCAUUACGUAAUAACAAUAAUUGACUAUGUUUUAGAGUGGACGUCGUUUAAAUCAGUCAUAACUCUAGGUAUCGUCUACGGCAUAAUCGCUUUACUGAGACCGUCUAAUUUCCAUUUUGUGUACAGUGUGUCUCAUUUGUUUUGGCUAUCACUGCUGUUGUGGUGUACAUCAUUUGGCGGGCUCCUACGGAUACCAGUGUUUUUUCUUUCUAUAGCAGUCUUGGCAGUUGGAUAUUGGGGUUUCACGGACGAAUCUGAUGGCGGUUGUCAAGAACGGUGGGCUUCUUGUCACACUGUUACUGCGCCAGACGGGGGAUCUACCGAGCUUAUUAGGAGUGCUGUUUCCUGUGAUACACUGACGGAAGUUAGUUCGGGAUUCAACAAAUCUUUCGGGAGUUCUACCCAAAUACACCAAAGUAACACAAAAGAGCAAGGACAACGUCAAAGUGGUUUUCCUCUUAGAUGGUCCCAGUUUCUAAGGCAAGCUUUCCUUCCAAUACCGACGAGAGCAUCUUACAAAUUUGACCCGGUUAAUGAGCUCCGAGCUUUCAUGUCUGAACAAUUGUGUUUUUCUUCCGCAAAAUCAUGGAACGCAAUAUUAGAAGGGAAGGGGUUUCGUGAUAGAGACAGUUCACUUCCUAGAUCGGCGAAAAUUUUCAACGACGCUUACACAAAUGAUGAUUGUCGCUCUGAUAGUUCAUUUGCCAAUAGUUGUUUUCUCGCAUUAUUUUGGGCUCAUUUUCUCGUCGCUAUUUGGCUCUAUCAAUGGCCGUUAUAUGUGAUUUGUUUUAUUUUAAUUUUCUUUGGAAUUUUCCGUCUAUCACUUUGUUUAAAAUUGCAAGAACUAUCAUAUUGGUUUCUCUGUAAAAUGAACAGUUUACUGGAGACUGUUACUCCGAAUAUGACUAUGGAACAAAGAAAAGCUUACAUAAGAUCGGUCGUCCCUAAGCCUGUGCACGGAUUACUCACACUGUUGGCAUAUUGUGAUAGAAAGCUUUGUCGUUACUUGGACUCGUGGUUGGACAGUGUAGUCAGUCUGUUUAUUCUUGUCUUCUUUAUUUUCGCUUUUUGUUUGCUAACAAUGUUUUUAGCAUUUCAAAUUCAUAAUGAAAGUAUUCGUUUGGUAUCACUAACAAGUGACUUUAUCAACAAAGCUCUGAAUAGUGAAGCAUAUAGUUGGCUUCCUAAAAGGGAACAAGUUGAUGGAAUGUUUAGUGUCUUAGUUACAAAUGCUUAUCAAGCUGGUCGAAGUUGGAUAUCCGAUAAGAUCAAUGAACUAUUCGAAGCAGAUCCAAACUCAAAAGCAGUAUUGAAAGAACAACUUUUAUAUUUGUGGGAGAAUAUUUAUAAUUCUUUUAUUAAUCAGCCUAUGAACUCUACAUUGACCACUAAUGAAUCAAUUGUUAACAAUCAUGCUUUAUCAUUUUCAUUGAAUAAUCAUAUAGAUUCCAGUGCUGUUGCACCACGUGGUAUUGGCAGAGUGUCAUUAAAUCGAUUUUUUAUCAAUACCACAUGGCUAUUUAAUCGACAUGCUUUAAGUUCAAUAUUUGUAAUUUUCAAACAGAACUUAGGCACAUUGGCAACUAUAACAGAAUCAUUAUGGAGUUUAAUGCGUAGUAAUGUAAAUUUGAUUGCUCAGUUAAUUACCACUUUAAUUUCAUUGAUAAUGAGUGGUGGACAUGUGGCAAUGAAUUUUAUGAUUGCUUUUCUCAUUUUCUUAACAGUUCUGUAUUAUGUAUUAGCUGCAAGUGGAUCAUGUUAUCUUCCGGUCGCAUUUAUUACUUCAUUAACACCAACAUUUUCCGGGACAAAUUCAUUAAUUACACAUUUAUAUUCAACUGUAGAAUUAGCUAUAAGUGGAAUAUUUGUUGCCACAUUAAAAUUGGCUUUAUUUUAUGGUUUAUAUACAUCACUUACUCAUAUUAUAUUUGGAUUAGAUCUUGUGAUAAUUCCAUCUGUGUUGGCUGCUCUAUUAGGCGCUGUCCCAAUUAUCGGCACUUACUGGGCUGUUCUACCUGGUGUCAUUGAAAUUAUUAUAAUUCGUCAAUCAUUGUCUCAAGCCGGUCUUCUCAUACUUUUCCAUUUAUUACCAACAUAUUUUGUUGAUAUAUCAGUUUAUAGAGAAAUUAAAGGAGCUGGUCAUCCUUAUUUUACUGGUUUAGCAAUUGCUGGUGGAAUAUACUGUCAAGGUCCUGAAGGUGCUAUAAUCGGUCCUAUUUUACUAUGUUGUUUCAUGGUUGGUAUAAAUAUGUUUCGAUGGGCAAUGGAUUCUAGUAAAAAAGCGUUGUCUGUCAAUCAAUGUGGCUAUAAAUCGCAAUACUCGCCUCCCGAAACACCAGCUACAGUGCAUACGUGCCAAGCUUGUAAUUCAUCUGCCAUGUCUGAUCGUUUCCACACUGUAAACUCAUGUAACAAGUAUUCUACUUUAUCUUCAAAGCUUCGUAGACCGAUAUUCAAAAGAAGACCAAAAUACCGGUUGAAUAAAAAUUCAUUCUCUAUGCCAGACAUUUCGGACAUAUCUGAUGAAUCGCUUCAAACUGCACAAGUUAAACCUCAAAGAACAAAGUUUCAGCAGAAUUCACCAGUGUCACGUCUGCAUUUCGCUGCACAUACAUCAACUCCCGCGUACGAAUAUAUACCUUGAUUGAAAUAAUUAAUUAACCGAUCGAAACAAAACAUUUGUGUAUCAGUUUUUUUUUAUCAGAGGAAAGGAAAUAUCUAUGUGUGUUGAAUUUCUACUUAACACUGAUUGUGAGGUCUAUUUACACUGUAUACGUGUAAACUAUAUCCAACGGCGAUAAUCGAUAAUGUUUUCACAUCGAUUUCAUUUUGUUUGUCAAUUGCUUUUUUUCCAAAGUGACUAUUUAUUUGCUUUACUGUCAUUUUGUUUCGUUGUUCAAACCUCGAUAUUAUGCAUUUUUUUUUACUGUCUUUUGAGCUCUAGUUUCAUAUAUAUGCAAAGAAAAACAUCAAUAGUUUGAGGUGUAGCUUUCUAUUUUAUUUUAGAUGUUGAUAUUUUUUCUCAUAAUCAUAUUAAAUGUGAAUCAUAAGAUUGAAAAAAAAAACACAGAUUUUAUUCUAAAUGAAUUAUUAACUUUUUUUUCUCCGCUUUUGUACUCAUCACAUUUAAGUUAAUUUUCUUUAUUCAAUUAGAAAAAUUGGAUAAACUAUGUGAAGCAUCAUAUUGAUAACAUUUUGAAUUAUCCGUUAUAUGUUACAACUUAUUUUACUUGUACACCCUGAAAUUAUAUCAACUUAGAGUAAAACUUAGUUACAUGUUUGCAUGGCUAAUAUGUCAUCAUUAAAUCGAAUCUAAGACAUUUACAUUAUUGUG